AGGAAGGUUCUUCCUUUUGCGGAAGUUGAGCGGUUGAGUGUUGUUUGUUGUUGUUGCAGUUCUUGCUCAAGUAGAGAAAAAACGCCAAUCACGAUGGAGCUGCUGUUAUUCCGUACCAUGCCAAGUACUAGUAUCAACAUCGUCGUGGUCCCUGCCCUCCAUUCUAGUACUCGAGGAGAGUUUAUUAUUUCUCAUCUAACCCUGGUCUUCACAAAAGUAGGUUCUGAAAGGGAUGUGACCGCGAAGUGUUCCGGUCUUGAUCUUUUCAGAAGCCGCGAAUUUUGCUUCUCGCUCGAAGAAGUAGCGACAGUGUUAUUGAUUUCACAGACGACAUUCCUGUUUUGGGCUUGUAGUGAGGGAAAGAAUCAUUGUGUAGGAAAGAAGAAGAUUCUACAUAGAGUAAGUACAGCACGG